CGGAAAAAAAUUGAGCGCCAUUGAGUGAAAAGUUUGAGCAAGUUGAAACUUUUCUUAACACAGCUCAAUACCGCUCACCACUCCUUAUUAAGGCGUGCAAUUGGUUUGAACUUGACUCGUCUCGUAUCGAGCGCAUGUUGAGUCAAAAUGCUCGAGGGGCUCGGAGCUUUACGCUUACUUUAAUUUUUAACUAUUCAAUAUGAAGAUCAUAGUCUUGAAUGUCUAGAAAAUAUUCUGUCGACUGCCUUUUGCCUUAACUUUCUGGCGCCCUGAUGAUAAUGGUAGUGAAACAUUAAUUCUUUUCCUUCAUUGCACACUCGUAAUAUCGUUAUUAUCGUAAAUUUCAAACAUCAGUGUAUCGUUAGUGAAUUUUUUGAAAAAAAGCGCCACGUUGGACGUUUAUUUUGAUAAAAAAGAUGAAUUAAAAAAAUAUUAAGAUGUAAAUCUUAAUAGCUACUUCUAUAUCGUUUAAAGUUAUCGGCUCAUUGAAGUACCAAGUAAAAAAUAAUGCUCGUAAUAUUUAAUUUUUUUUUUGUAUAACUAUAUAUAGCUGAAAAAGAACAAUGUUAGCUAACUAUUUGAUUUAAAUAUGAGCUCCUUAUAUUGCUGGUUGCUUAUACAUAAUGAAUAUAUUUGAAGCGACAAUAAAUUGCUCACAAAUCUUGCUUGUAUUCGACAACAAUAUAGGCGAAGGCAUGAGUAAAAACAACCCAUCAAAUGACAUCAAUGAACAAAAUGGAAAGUUAGGAGAUAACAGGGCAGAUAAUGUCGCAAUUAGUAGCAUCAAAGAGGAAAAUGUGGAUAACUACAAAGAAUAUGGCAAAGAUUCUGAAAAAUAUGGGAUUUUUAGAGAAAAUGCAGACGAGUCCAAAAAUGGCUUUGGUAGAGUCAGAAGUCUAAUAUUAAUAUUAUCACAAUGCAAUAAGUUAAGCUUCUUGCCGGAGUCAAAACUUACGUUGAAACAUGCACGCACUGUCGACAAUCAAACGUUUACUAACGACAGACUGACUUCCCAUGAACAAAUUCCCAAUUAUAUUCUUAAAACGCUAAUGAUUGCUGACUACCAUGCACGUGAGUUCACGUUGAAAUCAUUAAAUUAUGAUUCUGAUAGUGAUAGUGAUGACGAUGGUAAAGAGGAUGAAAUGAAUUCAGAUAAAUUAAAAAGUGAAAGUGUUGAAGGGGUUAACCCUAUGGAUGCAUUGUUAGGGAUUUUUCAUUGUUCGGAUGAUUUCUUACGACGAGAUAUAGCAGUUAAACUUAGCGCCUGUCAACUCAGCGUUCCUUUCAUUUUACCUCAUCCUGACAUGCCGACAGAAAGCGUAACAAUCUUACUUUCAGCGUUAGAAACAAUAAAAAAGUCUUGGAAAGGUGCUUCAUCGGACAACACUGCGAAAGAGGUGUACGCAACUGAACAUCCAUUUCCUGUCGUGUCAUUUAUCCGGGUGGGUGAUGUGACCAUGUCUAAAUCUUCUCUGAUGAAUAAGAUCAUCAGCGAUGGUAAUGGUGAUCAUGAAUUCUUUUUUCAUAAAAACAUCAAAGGUGGUGAUGUUAAAAGGAAAGUCGUUGAUGGUUUGGUAGAGCUUGUGUGGUAUCUUCCUGGUGGAUGUGACAAGAACGCGUUAAAAAAUGAAAUCUGUUUCGCCAAUCUACGUGGAGAUGCCCAAAAUUUUAAGAAGCAAGUUAAUAUACUUAGACAGAUAUCAAAUGUGUUGUGUAUUUUAUUGCCCUCGGAAAUGCCUGACAAACACAUGAGAAACUUCUUAAAUGAUGCUCUGCUGCUCAAUGGCAAAAACAUGCUCAUUUUCAACGAAAACAGGCGAGAAGAAGGAAAGAAAUUCUACAACGGUUUGAAAAAUCAACAUUCUACAAAAUUAUCAUUUUUCACAAAAGCACAAAAGCCAAACGAAUAUAAUUUUCUUCAAAGUAUUCACCAGGCUAUUAUGAGCAAUAUAAAAAAGGAUGAAGUGAGGUCUUUAGUAGAACUCAGACAAUGGUCAAAAGAAAGUGGCAUUUAUUUUGAUGAUGACAAGCCUUAUGUUGACUUAGGAAAAACUGUGGAAACUUGGCUAACUUCGGGGUAUAACGAAGCAAAAAACCUGUUUAAGCUACAAAGUCAUAUACCAGUUUUUGCUGACUUAGAAAGGAAGAAACUUAAUCCAAAAGUUCGUCGUAGCAAUGAAAAUAAGACUCGGCAAAACGAAACCGAUGAAUUAUAUAAAGAAAUUGAAAAAGAAAAAGUUGCUCAAAUGUGUUCUUUUGAGAGAAUGGAUGACGACGUCGUUCAUUUUCUUAAUUGGAUUACUGUAUUGGAUGAAGCUGAACGAAAUAGAAAUUUGUAUCGAGUAAAGCAUUUGUUAGAUAAGACGUCGCUUUCUGUGAUGACAAAAUUGCAUCAACAAUAUCACCAGGCUUCAAUUUCCUUUCGAAAAAGAAAGAAAAAAAUUGAUUUUGAGCCAGAGGCACCAUCUCAGGAAGAAAAGCAUUUAAAUGAACUGGAAGCAUCAAUAUCAAGGUCUUCGUUUGGUUUGGAGCAUAUCAUUAGAGAACUUUCUCAACUUUAUCAACUGCCGAAUGUUGUAACGAUUGAUUAUGCUGGUGCUGCAGCUGAGAUUCUUCUAUCUGGUCAUCCCUUGGAAUUAGUGGAUGGUGAUUCAGGUUACAUACCAAUGAAAUGGUUUAAUGCUGUUUUUGAAAAGUUGGAACGCAAAACAAAAAACGCUCGAAUUUACGUAAUUUCUGUGUUAGGUAUUCUAAGUUCCGGUAAAUCGACAAUGUUGAAUACAAUGUUUGGUUUGGAAUUUCCUGCAAGUGCAGGAAGAUGUACUUGUGGUGCUUUUGCUAGUCUUAUUCCAGUUAGUGAACACGUUAGAUCCGAGUCAAAUUUUGAUUAUAUAUUGAUCAUUGAUACAGAAGGUUUGAGAGGAUUGGAUUAUCCAAAAUUGAGAGAACACGAUAAUGAAUUGGCAACAUUUGCUAUUGGUGUGUCUGAUGUCACGAUUGUCAAUAUCUUUGGUGAAAACCACAAUGAAAUGAAAGAGUUUUUGCAAAUGGCUGUUCAUGCUUUCCUGAAAAUGAAACUUGUGAAGGAGAAGAAAUUUUGUAAAAUUGUCCAUCAAAAUGUUGCUGCCACUGACGCUACAAAGAUGUUAAUGAUGGAUCGGCGAAAUCUAAAACAGGAUUUAGACAAAAUGGCUAAGCUUGCUGCCACACAAGAAAUGUGCGAAGAUCAGUUUCAAAAGUUGGAUGAUAUCAUUGCAUUUGACGAAAACGAAGACGUCUUUUACAUCCCAAGUCUUUUGAAAGGAAGUCCUCCUAUGGCUCCAAUAAACCCAAAUUAUAGUAGAGCUGUUCAAGAAGUGAAAGAAAAUAUAAUCCAUUUAAUGUGCUCCAAGGUAGUUAGUAAAAACAAUAUUACUGUAUUUCGUGAAAGGGUAAACAUGCUCUGGGAAGCUAUGCUGAAGGAAAAUUUCAUUUUCAAUUUCCGAAAUGUAAUUGAAGUUAGAGCUUUUAUAUCUUUAGAAAAAAAGUAUUUUGAGGAAUAUGUUAAAAUUUUGUUAAACGGAAUGGCUGAAGUUGAAAGAAAAGUACAAGUAGAGUUGAAGAGAUGCACAAGGCGAAACGAACGUUAUGAACAUUGGAUGAGGAGUAAAUAUGAUAUUUUGAAACUGGCAGAUGACCUCAAGAAGGAAAUGGAAAUUUCUAUGAAGAACUUUUUUGAAAGCAGCGAAGAUAGCUCAACCCUUGAACAAUGGAAGGAAAACAUAAUGAACAGAAUUUUGCAGCAUAAAGAAAAUUAUCAAAUGACUGUAAUGAAAAAAUGCGAGGCAAUUUUCAAUCAUUUGCAGCAGCGACAAGAAAUCGAAGAGAAGAAACAAAAAUACGAAAAGCAGCUUCUUCAAAAAGCCCAAACCUUUAUUACAUCUGGUCAGAAUACAGAUGAUGUGGAAAAAUGCAAAGCAGCAUUUCAACAAGAAUGGCAAAAAUGGAUCGUCGAGGUUCCUGUUUAUGAAGGAACGAAAAAAAACGUAAAUAGUGAAAUGGUAGACGUGCUUUGUGAUACGAAUCACGCUUUUAAUGAUGUUAUGGAAUCAAAACUUAACAAUAAGAAAUGGGAUAUUUUGAAUUUUCACGGGGUUGAUCCUUUCAUUGAUGCGAAUGAGCUUUCUCUACAGCAAUCUAUUUUACAGAAGGUUGAUAGUUGGAUGGGAUUUGGAAAAAAUGAAGCUGUCGUUCUUGCAAAAAAUAUCAAAGACGAAGCUGUCUCUAAAGGAAUUGCCUUUGCAAAGUACAUAUCGAAAACUGAUUUUAGAUACUCUCGUGAUCACUUAACACGUAUGUACCAUGUAGUAACCUCUACUAUAGAAGAAGCAUCUAAAAACGGACGCUUUAAAUUUAAGAAAGAAUUGAUUUGUGAUAUUUUAAUUUAUACCUUUGCACACACUUUUGAAAUUUUUGAUGAAAUGGAACAGCGCUAUUGUGAAGAACGAGAUAUCAGGCGUAACCUCGAACUAAAAUUGAGACCAAACCUUGAAACUUAUUUUGUUAAUCUUUGCAACGAAAGAAAUCUUGGCCGCUAACUCGCUGGUCGAUGUGUUUCUUAAGCCUAUCAAAUCAGAGCUUAACAAGACCAUGGGACCUACUGUGACUGUUCAACUUUUUACAAAGAGCAUGUUCCAAAGAAAAGGUCCUUAUCAUGCCAGUGUUUUAAUUCAACUUGGGGAGCUAAGUAUGUUUGAAUUGUUCGUUUCGUAUUUUGAGAAUCCAGUUAAAUUUCCGGAGGGUAAAUUGCAAGAAUCAGUGAAAGAUUAUUGCUUUAAAAAACCUUCUUUGGUUCAAUUGUUGGUAAAGAAGGAAACGCAAAAGAUUGAGUCAAAUAUUUCAUACGCUAUUGAAUUUACCAGUCAGUUAGCAAGACAUGAAUUUGAACUAGGAGGUGGAAAGUUUAAAGUGAUAAACUUGAUUAAUCUCUUUGUGCUAAAAUGCUCUUCUUUUGCAAUCACGAAUGAGAGAUGUUUGCUGUAGCCAUAUUGGAUGAAGAAUUGAAAGAUAUUGAGGUAUUCGACACAAAAAUUCGUCAAACAGUUUCGGAAUUUGUGAAAACGUUGGCAGAAUCUGAUUUGGAUAAAGAAACUGUUGGGAAAUGGGAUCCAGCUCCACAUGAAAUUCUUUUCCCUCCAAGGUUUGGCUGUCAGUGCGUUUGUCCAUUUUGUAAAGGUUUGUGUGAUCACACUACAGAAGGCCAUCCAGGUAACCACUAAACACGAAUACAUCGUCCCCUGGGCUUGACAAGUUAUCAUGGUGUCAAAAGCCAAAUUUUAGUUUCCGGGAUUUGCACAUUCUAUGUAGACGGGGAGGGAACAUUUGAAAUUCAUGCAACAGAUUGGGAACCACAUCCCUGCAAAGAUUAUCAGUCAGUAAACGAUUACUACAAAUCUUGGACAAUUCCUCCAGAUCCUUCAUUUGAAGCUUCUUAAUAUUGGCAGUGGCUUAUGGCGAAAUUCUCCGAAGAACUAGCGGAACAUUAUGGAGCAAAGGAAGCAAUUAUUCCUUCAGCUUGGAGAAAAGUGACCUUCAAGGACGCCAAAGAACAACUCAAGCAGAUCUACAACCUCUGAAAUUUCUGUUCAAGGCAUCGCUUAAAGAUUGAUUUGUCUUUUAUAACUUAGUCAAUAAAAACCCCAAUGAAUUAUUCAUCAGUUUAUUGUAUAAAAACCUUAAAUUUCCAUUAAAUAAUAGUCUACUUAAAUUUAGAUAAAUGCCAUGAGUAACCUGAACAUUACAAUGAUAUAAACUGUAUAUAAAUGUUGACACAAUGUCUACAGAUGUUGCGACGACUUCUGUUUACUGUUUUCUGUUUUCUGUCGACUCAAUUGGUGGUGAUAACUUGUAGAACAUUUAGAACACGAUUACGACACAUCAACGUGCUGGUGGAUAUUGAGUGAGGUCUUUAUGCAUAGAGAAUCAUUCUGAUCGAAAGAGAUGUUUAAGACCAGUCAUCUGGGAGGACGAAGGAAGAAUGAUACCAACCAUCUGUGACUUGAAACUGUGGCACACACAAGCAUAAAGUAGUUUUUAAUUGUUUAACUUUGUGAAAUUCUUUUUAUUCGUUGUUUGAUAUGUUAUACUGACCGACAAGAAAUACUGGGGAUAGCUGCACUAAGCUUCUUUUUACUUUAAAAAGUUAAGGUUAAUGUUGAACAUGCUUAAAGUAAGUGCGGUUAGCGUAAUCAAUUUCAUAGCUACUUUUUGUCAUUAAAAAGCUUGUAAACUGUGUUUUGAUUUCCUAUUCAGUAAAUUGCUAAUUCACAUCUCCGCUUUUUCGGGAGAUAUGAAAUAGCAAUUUUCAAUAUUAUCAUAAAUGAAGGAAUACAACAGCCUAUUGAACGUUUGUAAUUGAUACAGAAAUAGAUAAGCAAACGUCGAUGUAAAUGCUUCUCUUCGAUGACACAAGAUUUAAGACAUGCAAAAAACACAUUCAGAUCGAUACUUGUUGGUAGUAUUAUUUCAUAAAUUUGUUGUGAUGUAUGUGACUUAGCUUUCGUAAGUUUUAAAAACAUUAAUUUGACUUAAUUUUUUCGCUAUUAUCGUAUAUUUUGUCAUUUGAUUUACCUAAUACAAUAUAUGAUUGUCAUGUAUAUAACUUGUAAUUGAAACUAAUGUGCAACUAUAACAAGCGAGAAUAUACUCCCGCACGACAAUCGAAUUUUUUUGAUCAACUUCUAUCGUCGGGCGAGAUUAAGGAUCGUAUUGACGAAUUUGUCAUGAUCAACACCGAUA